UUUUACUCCGACCACACCAACCGUCUCCCGACUCCGGGCAAAAGUCACAAGUUUCCGGCGUUCGCGUCGCGUCGCGUCUUGUUUACUUGCCCUCAAUACUUCCUUCCCGAACCCCACCGCCAUCAUGGCUACAAACCCCACUUCUCCAGCCCAGGAUACAUUAACGCCAUUAUCGAAAUUCAGGCUUGACUACGCUGCUUCAAACCGGUCAAAGUGUAAAGCAUGCUCACAUCCGAUUGACAAAAACGUGCUUCGUUUGGGGAUUUCUACGCCGUUUCGUGGAAAGUUUACAUACUUAUGGCGCCAUUGGGGAUGCAUCAAGAACGAAGAGCUCGAGGAGAUCCAACAGGUCGGUAAUCUGAGCGCCGUUUCUGGGUAUAGCGACCUGUUGGAGGAAGACCAGAUUCGUUUAUCGAAAGCCGUGGAAGCCGGGCAUGUUUCGGAAGAAGAUUCUGAGUACCAGCGUAAGAAGAACACAGAGAUCGGAGGAGAGGAAUCGGGAACAGGGAAAGCGGAGGAUGAGAAACGAGAAAGAAGGAAAUCAAAGAAGAGGAAGGAAAUUGAUGAGGCAGAAGCACAGGUUAGCGAAAGUGAGCGUAAAAAGAAAAAGAAAGGACAGGAACCCCUAGCGGAAGAAACUUCUGUCACUUCCAAGGGUACCAAAGCGACUCCCAAGAAACCAGAGACCUCCACCGAUGUUGUCCCGGACAGUGAAGAUGAUUCGACCGUUGCUUCGCCAAAGAAAAAGUCGAAAACACGUGAGGAAGACACCUCGAAAGCCAAGGCAAAGGCGAGUCCGCUGCAAGGAAAAGAUAAAGCCUCGAAGGCCGAUGAAGACGUCUCGAUGAAUGUUGACAUCAAGGACGGUAAUGAGGAAGUGCCGGCGCCUGGAAAUGGCGUUGCGAAAGGAAAGGCGAAAGAGAAAAAGGCUGCUGUCGCUGCGGAUGGCAAGGCGACCAAACAAGCUACGAAGCCCCAAAAGAAAACUAAGGAAACUGACUCGGAAGCGACCAAAACUACUAAAGCGAAACCUAAAGAGACUGCGGCGAAACCGACAGCGAAGAAACCGACUUUGGGUGUACCAACAUCUAGCGACAAGCCAACAACGGCAAAGCCCAAGGAUACCAAUACCAAAGCAGAUAAAACGACGAAACCUUUACCUGUCACUGGCACGUUGAAUUCCGACCAAUCAGAUCACGGUCCUACGUCACCCUCGCCUCUACCUCAAACGAAUACUCCCGUUUACCUGGAUUUGAACGGUAUCAUAGGGUUGUUACGCGGCACCUCAUCGUCGUCAUCGGGCGCUACACCAGAAACAGCCCUCCUUGCUUCCGGUACUCCCCGCUCUCGACCUCCCCCACGAGUUCCCCUGGCGAGAUUUUGCAAGAACUACAAGUUGUCGUCGGCACUGCAAGGUAAACUAGAGAAAAUGGAAAUUGAAGGUCCGCAUGUUCUUCGGUUAAUCAAGGAUAGUGUGUUACAAUCUGGAGGAGGGUUGUCCAUUGGAGAGUUGGCGGGGUUAAGAGAUGCGGAGGAACGGUGGAUGGCUGAUUGUCGGUGAGUCACCCUUGGGGUGAGUGCCUGCGGUUGUCGUUCCUCUGGAGAGGGGUUGCGGUUGCCAUAUAUUUGUUGUGUGUAUCCUACUGGUUCUACUGUCCCUCAAUCUACGAAUCUGAAACUAUGGAUGAAGUAGGAAGUGCGAUCGUUACAAUUUCUGAAGCCUGAAAUCGGGGCUGCAUUAGACCCGGAGCUUUGAGUCUACGGUCGAUUGGCGGGUUUGUGAGACGUAAUUGUCUGGGUGGAAGAGGCUUGUUGUGAAGCACAGAGGUACUUCCUAGCUAGUAUGUACGACGCAAAGAGCUGUUCUGUAGAGUUAUUGAUUCAUGAACAUAGAGAUUCUUCAAAGC